CAAUUUUGUGGUAGAUGAGUUUAACUCAAGAAGAAAAGGAUGAUGCCAUAUGGCCUGAUGAAAAAGAGACUUUGUUUUUGACUGUGCUAUAUGAAAGAGUAAAAAAAGACCCAACCGGGAAUCCUACAUUUAAGGGUCGCGAUUGGAAUGAUAUGGAUAAUGAGAUGUUGGUCCGAGGUCGGUUUCAAUACGGUAGUGACAGGCUACGGGGAAAGUACAAUAGGAUGAAGCUCAUACAUAGACAAUUUGGUCAGUUAUUGGCUCAUACUGGAGUUACAUAUGAUUCCAGUCGGAAUGUUGUUCAUGCCACAGAGGAAUGUUGGCAGAAAUUUUACAAGAUGAACAGGGGCUUUAAGACUUUUAAAAGGAAGGGCUGCAAGAACUAUCCGUUAAUGAAUCUUGUUUUUGGACAAGGGAGUGCAACUGGAGGACUUGCUACUCCUUCCACCCAAGUACCGACACACUCGGAUGAGGAAAGAAGGAAUGAGGAUGUAUUCUUACAUGGUGAAGGGGGCAUGAGCUCAGAGAGAUCACACUCAAAAGGGAAACGCAAAG